GCUUUAGAUUUGACUACGGCUCCCGCUACCGCUACGUGAACGACUGCGAAAAGACUGGGUCCUAUAAACUUCGUAGCCGUAGUCGUUGUCAAGCGCGUAGUUGUUAAGAUGGCUGCAACUACGAGUACGAGUACUGCAUUCGUGAUUUUUUUGUGCUGGUAGUCGUAUUUUUAGUUGGAUCCAUUUUAACAACAUCGACAUGUAUUGCAAUAAAACGCUUUUAGAAGCAGCUGCAUUUUUAUUUACGCAAAAGUAUAUAUCCGCACAAGAAUUUCUUGUCAUACACGAAGCAACCAAGCAAACCUCGCCGGAAUUUCCGUACUGGCAAUACGAUAACAUCAAUGUCCAGCUACAGCAAAUGAAUGACGACGAGUGCCUAGCCGAGUUCAGAGUUAACAAAUCAGAAUUGGACGCCUUAGCCGAAGCAUUGAUGAUUCCCGAACAAUUUCGCUGCUCUAAUGGCACGGUGGCUUCUGGAAUUGAAGGUUUAUGCAUCCUAUUGCGACGUUUUGCAUACCCAUGUAGAUUUGGUGAUAUUGUACAUCGGUUUGGAAGAUCAGUACCAGAGUUAAGUCUAAUAACGUCUGAGGUUGUUGAUUUUAUCUACCAAACACACGGAUAUUUGUUGAGAACAUUGAAUCAGCCGUGGCUUGCACCUCAAUGUCUGGAAGAAUUCGCAGAUGCUAUUCAUCAGCACGGAGCAGCAUUACCCAACUGUUGGGGUUUCGUUGAUGGCACCGUCAGAGCAAUCGCUCGCCCUUGUCAGCACCAGCGACACGUUUAUAACGGCCACAAACGAGUCCAUGCAAUUAAAUUUCAAUCCGUAGUUGCUCCAAAUGGACUUAUUGCUAACCUUUACGGGCCAGUAGAAGGGAAAAGGCAUGAUGCAGCCAUGCUAAGGAUGUCUGGCGUGUUGCAGUCACUUGAGGAACACUGCAACACAGAAACAGGUGAACCAUUAUGCAUAUACGGUGAUCCUGCAUACCCUCUGAGAAGACACCUUCAGUCACCAUACCGACAUGGCAAUUUAGGUAAUGAGGAGCAGGAAUUUAAUAGGUCUAUGAGUUCUGUUCGGGUUGCUGUCGAAUGGGUUUUUGGGGAUAUUACAUCUUACUUCGCAUUCCUGAAUUUCAAACAUAGUCUGAAGAUUGGUUUAAGUCAUGUUGGAAAGAUUUAUGUAGUGUGUGCCUUGCUGAGAAAUGCCCUUACAUGUUUACAUGGUUCCACGACUACAUAUUUUUUUGGUCUUGCCCCACCGACUCUUCAGGAAUAUUUUCAAACAAACAAUUUUGAUGUGGAAUAA